UCUCUCAAGUCUCUCUCUCCACUUGCUCUAGCCUCUCUCUCUGAAAAUAUCUAUAAAGAGUGAAAGAACGAAAGGGUUUUGAGUCUCCGCUUAAACCCUUGCGGCGAGUUGCAGAAACGUCGGCUGCUUGCUUCUCCUCCUCCCCUCUCUCUCUAAGAUCGUUGGGAUUUGUUCUAUUGAAUUGAGCAAUGGGUAAAUCCAGCAAGAAGUCCAGUGCAAAGGUUGAUACUGCUCCUGUAGCAGCAAUCACCCCCACAAAAACCCAGAAGAAAGGUAAGCGAGAAGCUGAGGAUGAAAUUCAGAGAAAGGUGAGCUUGAAGAAGGCAAAGCUUGCUUAUGAAGCCCAAAAGAAGAAAAAAGAUGAAGCAAGUUCUUCUGAGGAAUCUUCCGAAUCUGAGUCAGACACAGAGGUUAAAGUCCCAGUAAAGAAGAAGGAAAUUCCAACUACCAAGAAGUCAAAGAAAGAUUCCAGUGGCAGCGAGUCAUCUUCAGAUGGGGAGCCUGCUAAAGCACCAGCCUCUGCAAAGAAGCUGCCACAAAAGGGUGGCAAUGUGAAAACUGCCAAGAAAGAUGAGUCAAGCAGUAGCUCAGAAAGUGAUUCUGAGGAGGAUGAAAAACCUGUUGCUAAACCUUCUGUUCCGGCAAGGAAUGGUUCCGUGAAAACCCCCGCAAAGAAGCUUGAGUCAAGCAGUUCUGAAAGUGAAAAUGAUUCCUCCGGUGAUGAAGAAGAGGAAAAGCCUGCUUCUAAAUCUCCUGUUGUGGUGAGUAAGCAAAAGCCGGCAGAGUCAAAGAAUGUCUCUGUGAAAGCUCCAGCAAAGAAAGUGGAAUCAAGCGGUUCAGAAAGUGACUCAGAUAAUGAUGAGUCAGAGGAUGAUGAGCCGUCAGUUCCACCAUCAAAGAAUGGUCCUUCAAAAGCUGCACCGCCAAAGAAAGGAGAGUCAAGCAGUUCAGAGAGCGAAUCAGAAGAUGAAAAGCCUACUGCUCCUGCCAAGAAGCAACCAACUGCUUUUCCAACAAAGAAGAAAGCUGCCAGCAGCAGCUCAGAAAGUGAAAGUGAAGAUGACGAUGAUGGGUCUGUGGCGCUGGUUAGCCAACCAGCAAAGAAGACGCCUUCUGUUGCAGCUAAGAGUGCCCCAGCUGUAACCAAGAAGAAAGGCGAAACCAGUGAUAGCGAAGAAAGUGAAUCAGAGGAUGAUGAUGGUGAUGAACCUUCUAAAGUAGCACCCCCUGCAAAGAAAACUCAGCCAACUGCCGCUAAGUCACAACCGGCAGUGACUCUCAAGAAGGGAAAAGAAUCAAGUGAUUCUUCAUCAGAAGGCGAUUCUGAUGAUGAAGAUGAGGUUUCAGAGGAGUCAGAAGAAAGUUCUGAUGAUGAUUCCAAACCACCACAGAAGAAGGCAAAGAAGGAUGGUGAUGUAGAAUUGAAAGAAGCGAGUCAACAUCCCGAUGACAAGAAGAUGAAUGCCACUACAGAAAAGAAACAGCCCAAAACUCCUGUCACUCCCAAGUCUGGAAAUGAAUCGAGGACACUCUUCAUGGGCAAUCUGUCAUUUUCCAUUGAGACCACAGAUGUGGAAGAGUUUUUCAAGGAUGCCGGAGAGAUUGUUGGUGUGAGACUUGCAUCACAUCCAGAUGGUUCUUUCAGGGGCUUUGGGCAUGUUGAAUUUGCUACUAACGAAGCAGCCCAAAAGGCACUCAAAUUGAAUGGUAAGGACUUGCUUGGUCGCCCUGUAAGGCUUGAUGUAGCUGGGGAAAGAGGCCCACGCACUCCUGGAACCGGGGAGAACUCUUUUCAGAAAACAAAGGGUGGUUACGGUGGUGGGUCGACCAUUUACGUCAAGGGUUUUGACAAAUCGCAAGACUUUGACCAGAUUCGAAGCAGCUUGGAGGAACAUUUUGGGCAGUGUGGAGAGAUUACAAGGCUAGCAAUCCCAAAGGACUAUGACUUGGAUGCACCCAAGGGUAUCGCAUAUAUGGAUUUCUCAGAUAGCAAUGCGCUUUCAAAAGCAUUGGAGCUUAACGGGUCUGACCUCGGUGGUUAUUCUCUCACUGUGGAGGAGGCCAUGCCUAGAGGUAGUGGUGGUGGUGAUGGAGGCAGUGGCAGAGGGGGUAGCAGGGGUGGCCGUGGUGGCCGUGGGUCCUUUGACCGUAGUGGUGGUGGCAGGUUUGGUGGCAGGCGUGGUGGAGGGACUCCAAGAGGUGGAGGCAGAGGUGGGAGGGGUGGAGGCCGUGGUGGUAACUUUAACAAGCCCAACUUGGCUGCUACUGGCACUGGAACCAAGAAGACUUUCGAUGAUGAUGAAUAGACGAGUUGGAUUUUACACCUUCCCAGAUGGAAAUUAAUUUUGUUUGCUCAGUGUUUUCUUGGACAUUUAAUAGAUGUAGUAAUUGUGAGAAUAGGUGGAUGUGCAAGUAUGAGAACUCUUGAGAUUUAAAAUCAUGACAAGAACUCAACAUAAAUUGAGAGCUGUUUUGGUCCCAAUGAGUAGAGCCAUUUUGGUAUCAAGCUCUUUAGUUGAGUUUUA